GUACUACUAUGAUUAAUGUUAUGUUUACCUUUGCAUAAAAUAGUAAAAAAUAAUAUGUUCACAAUAGUAGAUUUGAAACAUCCAUAUUGACAAUAUCUGGACUAUAGGCACAAGCGAAAACAAGUGUGGUUCGUGCCAGCCGGCGCGGCGGCGGGUGGCAGCCGACACGACAACGGCACGGGCCCGGCACAGUAUGCCCGAGUCGCUUUUCUCGUGCGCACGUCUCUCGUUGUGAUGGUGUUACAUCGCGCGGCAAAACUUAUUCACGUCUAAAUAGUGCAGUGUAUGAAAUUUUUUUAUCGAUGAUUUUUGUGCGACCAUGUGAUUGUUUUGUGCACUGAAUGCUGUAAAAAGGAUUUUUUUUCCGUGUUAUCUUAGGACAGAUGGUCGGUGUGUGUGGUCACGAUGUCAGCGGUGAUGAGUACGCUGUCAAUGAUCAGCGGCGGCCGGCGUGCGCACCGCAAGCUGGCCAGUUCGCGGAAGUCCGGACAGCUGUCGGACGCCGGCGACGACCGCAGGAGCCAGCAGGAGCUCAACAACAAGCAGCGCUCUGCCUCCCUGCAAACCUUGGAGACGGGCGGGGUCGUCGACCUCGACACUCUGGAGGCGAAGAUGGCGAGCAUCGAGGUGUCGCUGGCGGGGUGCGGGCGGCGCGGGGGAGCGCGCGAGCUGGACGCCCUGCGCGCCGCGUUGCUAGACAAGGACACACUCAUACAAAACCUUAAGAAGCAACUAAGUGCGUCACUAAGCGCAGCGCGGCUGGCUGCGCAGGCGGCGUCGCCGGCCGGAGUGCGGGGAGCGCGGGUGCCUCGGGGGCGGGAGGAGCCCGCCGCGUUGUCUGCGGAGGAGCGGUGCGCGUUGGAAGACCGCGCCGCCGCGCUCAACGCUGACCUGCAGGCGCGACAAGACAACAUACAGGAGCUCCGGAAGCGGCUCGAGCACACACAUGUCACUGACAUCGACUCGCGCAUCGAGCAGGCGGAGCUGCAGUACCGGCUGGGGCGCGAGGAGCUGGAGCUGCUGUCGCUGGGCGAGCAGGCGCGCGCGCUCGCGCUUCUCAUCGAGCACGCCAGCGCCGCCGCACGGCAAGACAACACACUGUACAGGUACCACCCCACUAACGAAAUAUCUCACACGUUUCUUAUCAAUACAAUUAUUUUGUAAAGAAAACAAAGUAAA